AUGAAUCUCAACUCCUCAAAUAAAGAAAAUUAUAAUCCCCUCACCAAGUCUCGAUCAAGGAGAACCCGAAGUCUUACUCACAAGCCUGAAAAGCCUGCUCCUCUUAGCGAGCAUUUAAUGCUUUUAAAAUCAUUUGAUGUUUCAUAUAACUUAGAUGAAGCAUUCACUCAUCAUUAUAUCACCGAAAGAAUUCGCGCUAAGCUCGUAGACUGGAUGAUAGAAGUUUUACAUUCAUUUCACUCAUCAUCGAGGACGUUAUUUUUAGCUGUAAAACUGCUCGAUAUUUAUAUAGCUAAUUCCUCAGGACUAGUUCCUUUGGAUUUGCAUGUAAUAGGGGUAGCCUCUAUGUUUAUAGCUUCAAAAUAUGAAGAUAUAAAGCAGUUGACACUUAAAAAUGCGCAUGAAAAUAUAGCACAUGGAAAGAUAUCAAAGGAAAGUAUUUUGGCAAUGGAAAAAGAUAUUUUAAAUAUAGUGAAUUAUAAUGUCUUUAUACCUACACUAUAUGAUUAUUUGGAAUAUUUUAUACAGAAUUCAAUUGAAGAAAUAGCUAAAUAUUCAUGGUUUUUAGCUGAUCUUUCGCUGCUAAAAAACGAUUUAUCGAGUGCUUCAAUGCCAAAGCUAGCUGAAGCAAUUGUAUUAAAAGCAAGAAAAGAUCAGCUGGGGAUAGAUGAAACUCCUACUCAAGGCCCUGUAGCAUUAUAUGUACAGGAGUUAGAUACACAAUGUGAACUGUAUCGGUUUGAAUAUCAAAAUUUUACUUCGAUUUUAAUGAAGCAUAGCGUUUUUGAUAAUUAA